AUGGCGGACGCGGCUCUACCAGCCGAAAUGACGCUCCCAGACGCUUUGAGACGUAUGUUCCGACGUAAACGUAAAUCUGAGGAAACGGAGCGUUUAAAUUUGCAGGCAACGGUUGACGAACUCCCAGAAGAGGUUCUUAAGCACUGGGCUCCACGAAGUCGCUGCAGCGAAGAACUGUUUGAGGAAAUCCGACUGAGAGCACCGGCCAAUUCCCAGGUUUCAUUGGAUAAGGUCACGAAGGUGGAGGAUGAGACCGAAAGGCGUAAUCUGCUGGCUCGCUUCCGGAGGCUGUUUGUUAGAGAGAGAACCCCGGAAGAACUGGAAAUACAAACGUUGAGAAAAGAGAAGAAAGCCGUCAUCAAGUAUCUAAAAGGCAAGAACCUCUACAACCGUCGAAUGACUUACGAGCACAUGAAAGAUUUGAAGGCCAUUGCUGAGCGAUCGUUUGGCGAAAGACGGAAUAAUCAAUUCGUUCAAGAAAUCGAGAUGAAAUGUGUAGCGGUACCCUCGGGACCGGAAGCAAGCCCGGAACCGGUGGGGAUUCAGAAGCCAGAAUCAGCGAUUGAAUCGAAACCUGAGCCAAUCGCAAUGGUGCGGUAUGAGGGACCUCUGGAGGAAACUGAUGGCAACCAGAUCCAUCCCGGUACGGGAUUGCCCAUUUCAGCUCCAAUCUACAAUCCAGGUACCUUUCGUACGUGGCAUAUGGUUCCCAUUCCGCUAGUGAAGAAUAACAUUUUGAUCCAUAUUUUACCAGGCGUCCAGUGCAGUCCGGAACCGAUCAUUGUACAAGGCAAAAUUCACGACGAACUAAAAAUGAGCGAUGAAAAGGAGGGCAACGUAGAAUAUCCACAACCUCCACCGACGAAUGACAAAUCCUGGAAACCGUUGAUCAUUACUAAUGGAGAAGGGCAACCAAUUGAAGACAACAACGGAACUAUUGGGGGUGCCGCAGCAGGUCAAGGCGAGGCAACUGCGCAGUCAAAGGAAAAUCAGGAGUCCCCACCUUCUGCACUGUUUGAAGAUGGAGCAACUGGGGGUACAGCGAGAACAGACCAAGACCAAGCCGACGGGGAAUUUCCUCCACCGCCACCUUCGGAAGAUCAAGAACAUCCAUUGAAGAAUGUGGAGGAUGACAAUCCGUGGAAUCCAAAUGAGAGCGAGGAAUUUUCUCUACCGCCACCACCGGAAACUUAUUUACCCUGGACACCAAAGGAAGGCGAAGUAGAAUUCCCUCCGCCGCCACCUCCAGAGAAUGACAAUCCGUGGAAUCCAAAUGAGAGCGAGGAAUUUCCUCUACCGCCACCACCGGAAACUUAUUUACCCUGGACACCAAAGGAAGGCGAAGAAGAAUUCCCGCCGCCGCCACCUCCGGAGAAUGACAAUCCGUGGAAUCCAAAUGAGAGCGAGGAAUUUCCUCUACCGCCACCACCGGAAACCUAUUUGCCCUGGACACCAAAGGAAGGCGAAGAAGAAUUCCCUCCGCCGCCACCUCCGGAGAAUGACAAUCCGUGGAAUCCAAAUGAGAGCGAGGAAUUUCCUCUACCGCCACCACCGGAAACUUAUUUGCCCUGGACACCAAAGGAAGGCGAAGAAGAAUUCCCGCCGCCGCCACCUCCGGAGAAUGACAAUCCGUGGAAUCCAAAUGAGAGCGAGGAAUUUCCUCUACCGCCACCACCGGAAACUUAUUUACCCUGGACACCAAAGGAAGGCGAAGAAGAAUUCCCGCCGCCGCCACCUCCGGAGAAUGACAAUCCGUGGAAUCCAAAUGAGAGCGAGGAAUUUCCUCUACCGCCACCACCGGAAACUUAUUUACCCUGGACACCAAAGGAUGGCGAAGAAGAAUUCCCGCCACCGCCACCUCCGGAGAAUGACAAUCCGUGGAAUCCAAAUGAGAGCGAGGAAUUUCCUCUACCGCCACCACCGGAAACUUAUUUAACCUGGACACCAAAGGAAGGCGAGGUAGAAUUCCCUCCGCCGCCACCUCCGGAGAAUGACAAUCAGUGGAAUCCAAAUGAGAGCGAGGAAUUUCCUCUACCACCACCACCGGAAACUUAUUUACCCUGGACACCAAAGGAAGGCGAAGUAGAAUUCCCUCCGCCGCCACCUCCAGAGAAUGACAAUCCCUAUGAAACAAUGAUCAGUCCACGAUCACAUAAAUUUAACAAACGAAUGGAUACGGUAUUAGAAGAAGAUGAAGCAACGGAGAAUACAUCAGCAGAAACAGGCAAAGAUGAAGCAGUUAAACGAUCGAAGCAAGUGGUGGAAAUGCCACCGCCUCUUCCCGAGAAGAAGAAUUAUCGCUGGAAACAUACGACCGAGCUUAAUGUGGAACCCAGGGAAGUUAAGGAAAUUCCACCGCCACUACCACCGAAGAAGCACAAACCCCGUAUUGUGGGGUUCACACUGAAACCUCAUGUAAAUUUGGCGGAUGUCGAUAAAAUCAAGCUUGAUCCGACGUACGACCAAGAGGAAGAGGAAAGAAAGCAGAAGUUGAAAUCAGCGGCGGAAUCGAGUCAGUGUAGCUUGGCUAGCAAUGCUACGCCGCUGUGUUUGCAGGGUCUACACUGGAAAUUUGAUGAACCAUUAAAAUACCGGAACGAACGGCUCCCGGAAUGA